AUUUUAUUUAUGUCAUUUUUUGGAAAAUUUCCUACCAGCCCCAAAAAAAGGAGUAACAACUUUUCCACAUUAUAGGUGAGUUGCCAAAAGACUUUGCUGAUUAAAUACUCAAGAAUGAUAUUAUAUUAAUGAUGAGUAAAUAUACCGAUAGCAUUGCAUUUAAAAAUCUUAUUUAAUUAUACAUGGUACUAAUGUAUUUUAUUUUUAAGAAAGGGGUUGAAUAUUAUGAAGCACAAAAAGAUCAACAAAGUGAAUAUUUUAAAAGUAAAUUAAAUUGGAUAAUGAGUCAUCCUUCUAUUAUAUAACCUAAAAAAAAAUAAGAAGAAACUAUUAUAAAAUCAGCUACUAAAUAAAUAGAUUUUAAAGUUCAUUCCAUUAUGGAUACUUCAUACCAUUAUGAUAAUUAUAUUCAAUAAUUUGAUAAUUUUGAAGAAAAAUAAGAGGUUUAAAAAAAUAAAUAAAUAACAAUUUAAACUAAUGAGGUUAAAAUGAUGAUAGAUAAUUUAAAAAAAGAAACAAUUAAAAUUAAUGAAGUAAUAACUCAAUUAGACUAGAUAAUAUAAAAUGAUCUUAAUUCUCAAAACACUAAAAUUGAUGAUAGAAUUCAUAAAAGAAGUAAAAGUUUUGUAAAUAAAAAAAAAUUUGAAUAAAAAGAAUACAUAGAAUGA